AUGCCGCACUUCGACCGGCUCGACGCCCCCAAAAAGGGCAAGCCCAUCAAGUCCGCCUUUGACAGUGAGAGCUUCGACGCCGACGGCACCAUCCACGUUGCCGGGCUGGUCGGGUCCGCCACAAUCUCACCCUCUAGUCGGGAUGUCGCAUUGGCAUCGCCCGAGGGCUUGUCCAUCAUUGACUUGGACUCGCCCUACAACCCUCCGCGCCGGCUCAGCAGCCAUGGCUCGCCCUGGCUUGUCACCGACGUGCAAUGGUCGCCCUUCGCCGCCCGCGACUACUGGGUCGUCUCCACGGCUAAUCACCGUGCGCUCGUGUGGAAUCUCAACCUGCGAGACGACUCGGCCACCGGCGCCAUCGAGCACUCCCUCCACGGCCACAGCAGGGCCAUCACCGACAUCAACUGGUCCGCCUACCACCCCGACCAGCUCGCCUCGUGCGCCGUCGACGGCUACGUCCACUGCUGGGAUCUCCGACGCCCGAGACAGCCCGUCUUGACCUUCUGCGACUGGUUCGCCGGCGCCACCCAAGUCAAGUACAACCGGCAGGAUCCCCACAUCCUGGCCUCCUCCCACGACAGGUGGCUACACAUCUGGGACGAGCGACGGGCGUGCGAGCCCCUCAAGUCCAUCAGCGCCCACACCUCCAAGAUCUACGGCAUCGACUGGAACCGAACCAGGUCCACGGGUAUCGUCACCUGCUCCCUGGAUAAGCACAUCAAGUUUUGGGACUACGGCAGCGACCAGGAUGUCCCAGAGCGCGUCAUAUGCACCCAGUUCCCCGUGUGGCGGGCUCGCCACACCCCCUUUGGCCACGGCCUCCUGGCCAUGCCCCAGAACGAACCGGGCGAUCUGUACCUGUACGACCAGCGACCGCCUCCCGAGGGCCCCGGCAAGGGUCCGACGGAGCCGGUCGCCGUCUUCCCUGGGCACGGCAACCACAAGGCCAAAGAGUUCCUGUGGAGAAGCAGGGGCGGCAUAACCGAUGACGGGCUGGACGAGAGAGACUUCCAGUUGGUCUCCUGGGGCGAAGACAACGAGCUGCGGCUGCAGCAAGUCGACCGGCCCAUCCUCGAGUCGGUGGGCUUCGUCAAGGGGAUGCCGGCGACCAAGAACCUGGUCCUCACGCGCAAAGGCGCCGCCUACAAGACGUUCCGGACCGUCGGCGACCACAUCAUCCGAGACCGGAGGAGCGGGACGAUGAGCGACCCCCGUAACAGCGCGCAAUAUCGGCAGAGCGCCCUGACCAUGGGGAUGCGCUCGGGCCCGACCACCUACGCCAAGCUCGGCGCCGCCUGGAAGGGCUCCUCCAUGAAGGCCAAGAGCGUUUCCAAAGAGAUGGACCGCAGCCAGGCCCACAUCGGGUGGAUGAAGGGCAUCAUGAUGAACAAGAGGAAGGCGUCCACCGACAGUCCCCGGAGGGCCGACUCCAAGGACUCGACCAUGUUCAGCCCUGGCUACAUGGACGACGACAAGUGGGGAGACCCGGAGACCAUCCAGGAGGAGUUUCUGCGCAUCAGCAUGCAGCUCCCCAAGGUGAAGUGGGAGCACAUCGACAUGGACAAUCUGACGCUCAAGGCCUCCCUCAACGGCCCCUGGGGCGCCAACGGCGAGCCCAUCUUCAUCAAGGUCACUGUCGACAUCCCGUCCAACUACCCCAAGUUCAGGGCCCCGACCUUCUUCAUCGAGAAGACGGGCUUCAUGUCGGCGAGGACCCACAGGAAGAUCGAGCACGAGAUCCACGAGCUCUGUCAGCAGUUCCUGGAACGCAAGCAAAACUGCCUCGACGUCGCCUUCUCCUACCUCCUGGGCGAGAUCGACCUCGCCGCGAGCACAAACUUCUUCAAAAACGUAAAGGACCUCGACGACCCCCUCGACGGGCUGGGCUCCGAGAGCUCGAGCGAAGACGAGAACGACAUACCGGCGGGCGGGUCGGCGUCCAUGUCACAGGAGCUGCCCCCCCACGCCGAAGCCGACAGCACCCUGGCGCCAAACAACCGGCCUACGAUCCCGCCGCUGCCGCGCUUCUGCGGCGCCCGUUUCGCCAACGAUGGCCGGCUCGUCUGCUUCUUUCCGACCAAGGAGGAGAAGGCGAGGGCGCUGUUCUCCACGUCUGUCGAACCGCUGCGGGAGAGGGCAAAGGGCGAGCCAGUGUUCGCCGGCUUCGGCCGUCUCGCGCACGACUCGCCGCCGGGUAAGAGAUAUGGCCAGGACGACAUGUCGGCGACGGACGACCAAUCUGACUCGGACGACUCCACGGGGUCCUCGUCGUCGUCGAGCGACUCGGGGUCGACGUCCAUCAACAAGAUGAGCUUGUGGUAUCAGCCUCGGCACCGGUUCAAGAGGACGUGGAGCGACAACCGGUCCGUCCGGUCGAGCGGCGGCGGUACGGGAGUGGGCACGGGCACGGGCACGGGGUCCUUUAGGAGGCGGCCCGGCGCCAAGUCUAAGAACGUCGUAUCCCUCCACGACACCUCGGACCUCCUCCCCGCCAAGAAGGAGUUCGCCCGAGAAUAUGCCAUCUUCGGAGACGGUGCCCAGGUCUGCGAGCACAACGCCCAGGUCGCCGAGAAGCACGGAUGCCAGGACCUCGUCGACGUCUGGCGCUACCUCUCGCUGAUCCUCCGCAGGGACAUCCCGCUCGAGUUCUCCAACAUGGACCCCCAUCACAACUCGAUCCUGAUCAUCGCCCGCGACGCGCUCGCGCGCUUCCGCCACAAGGACUCGCCAGGCCUCCAGAACGCCAGCGGCAAGGACACGGCCGUCUUCAGCGGCAGGGUGAAAUGGGGCAACCACCCGUUGGCGAGGCACUUCAUCAGCGACCUCCUCGAGUACUACGAGAAGACGGCCGACAUCCAGAUGCUGGCCAUGCUCUCGUGCAUCUUCAGCGAAGCCUUCACCGAGGACAGCGUCGCAUAUGCCGAGUCGCACAUGACGCAGCCCGACACGCCGCUGCCGAUGAAGACCCCGGCCUUCUCGCUCGACUACUUCCCCACGGACGCGUCGCUCUGGAACCUGGACGGGAGGAGCCAGACCAACUCGGCCAUCGCCACGCCGGGGACGCUGCACACCCCCAUCCGCUAUUCCGGCUCCCAAGGAUCCGCCGAAGAGGUGUUCUGGGCCGGCGACCCGGGCUCCAACUCGUACUCGUGCGGCGAAACCCCGCCCAACAGGGGCUUCAAGGAGUACCUCGGCGGCGAGGGCGACCAGGUGCCCCCGAGCCUGUCGACCUCGCCCAGCGGGAGGGCGCUGUCGCGGGUCAACUCGGGACUGCCGUCGAGCUUCGCCAUCAGCCUGCCCCGCCCGUUCAGCGGCGUCGCGACGGGGACCACAACCGCCGCCUCGUCGCCCCCGAACCACGGCCGCAAACGGCCGAGCCCGGCGGAAACGCUGUGCAACGACGUGUGA